AUGAACCAAAAGAAAAAAAGAAGAGUUUUUUCAUUUUAAAUUAAAAAUUUGGCAGGCACAUUAUCAGAAUUGUUUGAUAGUCAAUAAACUACAAAUAGAAAAUAAAAUGAAUAACCAAAUAUUAAAACAUUAUUAGCAUUCAAUGAAAUUGAUUAAUUCUAUUCACCUAAGGAAUCUGGAUCAACUACAUAGAGAUCUAUUUCUAGAUUUCGUAAGAAUUCAAUAAGUCCAAAACAUUCUUACAUAUAUUCAAGGAAAACUAUUCAAACACCUUUAACAAUAAGGUCAUCAAUACUGAUGCUUAAUCAAUUUGAAUAACAAUUUGCUGAUAGUAUUCAAUCAAAUGAUUAAAUUGGAGCUAUUGAAAGUAACUAACAUUUUUGAUAAGGUAUACUAAAUAUGAUGGUAAUUGCAGUGGAAUAAGAUAACAUUACUUUACUAAUAACUUUUAUGCGUCUAAGUGCAUUAACAUUUAUUUCUUUUUAAGAAUGGACUAAAGCACUUCUAUUUUUAUAACAUUGCAAAUUUUUAAGUGAAUUUACAAGAUAAUUUGAUGUAAUUUAAUGGACAUUUCUUCAAAUUGGAAUAUUAUGUAAAUAUGUUAAGAAAUAUGAUAUGGGUAAAAUAUUCAUAAAGAAAGUAAUACUAUAUAUAUAUAUACAUAGUCAUUAGAAUAUGCAUGGCAUUUGAAAGAUGUCGAUUAAGAAAUAAUAUGUUAUGAAGAACUAGGAAAAUUAUGUUUUCUAAAUUAUGAAUUAAAAAUAGCUAAAUCUUUACAUGAUAAAAGCAUGAAAGGAACUGUUGAAAAAGACAAAUCUGCCAUGAAAAUGGUUUCAUAAAAAGGAAUGUAAUAAAUCAUAAAGAUGUUACCAUAAGAAGAGAAAAGAUUGGGGUUACAUAUAUUUUCUAAAGCUGUUAAUUUUCCUAUCAAAUUGAUUCAAUGUUAAAAUACUUAAUAUUAUUAAAGAAGAUAAGUUAAAAAUCAAUAUAUGAUAUCACAUAAUUUGGAAUGCAUACCUAACCAAAGAGUUAUUGAUAUUGAUAUAUCAUUAGAUGAAAUGUUACAAUAAUUUCUUAAAGGAAAGAAUUUUGCCUUUGAAAUUCCAAUACCAAUAUCUGUAGCUGAUGAAUAUGAAAGUAUAAGACAAUAAAGUUCUGUUCCAAAAAUAUAGUAAUUAAAAUAAACUUAAACUGCUACUUUAAUAAAAUUAUCAACCUUAAAGUUACAUCCUACUAAAACCAAAUAGCCAAUCAUUAAAUUAAAUGAUUUUUAAAAGAAACUUCCAUUAGAGGAAAUGAUUAGAUAACGUUUAGAAAUGAAAUUUGAAAUUCCAACCACUUUUACAGAGACAAUAAGGAACAGAAAAUUCUCUAGUAAUUUAGAAUUAAUAAGAUUAACACAUGAAAGAGAUGGAAUUGCUUUGAGUGUAGAACAUUAAAAAAGAGGCUUAAUUAGAUAUGCCUAGAAAUUGCUGAAUUAAUAAUAAAUUACUUAUCUAUGA